AUGACGGCGCCUCAUAACAACGGCUUCACACCUCGAAUGCAGUCCACGCGAACGACAACAGCCAGACACAGGUCCGGGCUUCUCUCGGACGGCGACGACUUUGGCGGUCUGUCUGCCAACAUCGCCCGGCUCCUUUACAGAUACGUGCUGCGCAAGGCUGCCGAGACGUCUCGGAUGGCAGGCAGCAUGAUCAGAUCGAACGGUGGCCACGGCCGACGACAGCGACCGCCUCUGCUUGUCCGACUAUUGCAGACGGCGUGGUGGCACAUGCGACGCAACCUGACGCGACGGCGGCUGUUCAGCGUGCCGCACCUGCUCGUGGGCUUCUGGAUGCUGGUGUUGCUCUGGGGCGAGCGGUGGAUCUUCCAUGCCAGAGUGGCCCAUUGCGACUGGGGUCAUUGGGAGAAAUGGCCUUCAGGAGCGACACCCCACCGAGUCAUCUUUGUGGCGGAUCCGCAGAUCACGGAUGCGCACUCGUAUCCCGGACGGCCGUGGCCGCUGAGCGCGCUGACGGUGAUGCUCACGGACAACUACAUGCGGCGGUCAUACCGCGAGCUGCAGGAGCAGCUGCGGCCGGACACGCUUUUUUUUCUGGGCGACCUGUUUGACGGGGGACGCGAGUGGAGGCCUUCGCGCGGCGAGUUUGGGGAGCUGGCGUGGAGCAGCCGGCCGGAGAGCGAGAAGGCGUGGGCACGGGUGUGGCAGAAAAAGUACGCGGAGGACUACUGGCUAGGCGAAUACGCGCGGUUUGGCGACAUCUUCCUAGACGACUGGAACGUCGGCGGCUUCAGAACGAGGGCGGGCCAGCGUGGCCGACGGCUGAUUGCCAGUCUGCCGGGCAACCACGAUCUGGGAUUCGGGUCGGAGGUGCAGCAGUCGGUGCGCAACCGGUUCGAGAGCUUCUUUGGCGAGGGCAACCGGGUGGACGUGGUGGGCAACCACACGUUUGUGUCGGUGGACACGGUGUCGCUCAGUGCCGACACGUCGGAGCGGGCGAGCCAGCCGGACAUGCAGCCGAUCUACGGCCCGACACAGCACUUUUUGGACGACGUGGCCUGGACGAAGAAGAAAGCGGUGGCGCGUGAGCUGCGGCACCAGCACGGUCUCGGCGAGGAGGUGGUGUUUGCGCACCGGGUCGAGGACCUGGACGAGGCGCAGUUUGACGUGGAUGGGCUCCGACAAGCGCUGAGCAGCAGCAGCAGUGUGGAUGGGGAUGCAGUAGCAGACCUGCCGACGAUCCUGCUCACACACGUGCCGCUAUACCGACCACCAGGAACGCCGUGUGGGCCUCUGCGGGAGCACUGGCCGCCGACAAAGCCGUCGUCUGCGGACGUCGAUGCCGAGGGCAAGCCGCAGCCGGUGUUUCCCGACGAUCGCAACGCGAUCUCGGUCACGCGUGGAUACCAGUACCAGAACGUGCUGAGCGAGGCCGACUCGAUCCGGCUGGUCCGGAGCGUGGGCAACGUGGUGCAGGCCUUCUCGGGCGACGACCACGACUACUGCACGGUGGUGCACGACGAGCGCCAGGACCACGUGCCCGAGAUCACGGUCAAGGCCUUCAACAUGGCCAUGGGCGUGCCGACGCCCGGCUUCCUGAUGCUCAGCCUGCACAACCCGGUGGACGCGGCCGGCCGACCACUGACUCCGGCAGCCGCCACCGGCAGCACCAUGCAGACGCACCUGUGUCUGCUGCCCAACCAGCUGGGCACGUUUGCGCGCUAUGCCGGCAUGGUGGUCGUGUCGCUGGUGCUGCUGGCCGCGCGCGCCGUGCUCGUGCCCGUGCUGGGCUGGCAGCCGUUUGCGCUGGGUCCACGUGACGGGCGGCUGUCCGAUGGUGGUGGUGGUGACUCGAUCUCAAAGUCGCGCUCGUCGUCUGUGCUGCCGCUGUACAGCAAGGCCAAGGUGGAGGACGACGAGUACGGCGGCAAGAAGAGCUCGUCAGUAGCAGCAGCAGCAGCAGCGAGCAAUGGCAGUGUGGACGAGCCUGGCAACGUGUCUGGAAACGAAAAGGGAGGUGCGAGCGGCUCGUCCGGCUUCUUUGCGCCACAGGCAGCCGCAGCGACGUACUCGCGAGGCCGGGCCCAGGUGAACGGCCGUUCUGGCUAUGGUUAUGGCGGUGGUGGCGACAGCAGUCUGGGCGGAUUGGCGCCGCCAUACCAGCAUCCACACCGACACAAGAACCGCAGCGGCCGUCCGCGCCGGUCGUCCAGGGCGUCGGCAUCACCGGCCUACGCACCCAAGAUCGAGAUCGUCCGUGAUGAGGACGACUCAUACGGCGACGAUUCCUCGUACGACAGCUUUGCCAACGAGGGCGGCGACGGGAGAACGGCGUACUUGGUUGGUGGUGGUGGUGGUGGCAGCAACCGGUGGAAGCCGGCCGCACGACGACGACGACUGCUCAUUGCCGGGCGGACGGCUCUCGCGAGCCUGAAGCGGCUCGUCUGGAGCACGCUGGGACUUCGUGGCAGCGGACGUGGUCGCUGGCGUCAGGCCGGCUUCGGGUUCAUGUAUCGCGGGCUGAACGGCGGCAAUGGCGACGAUGACAGCAGCCAGCGACGGCGACAUGGCGGACUGCACGCCCAGGAUGGACAACCCCGUGCAGGAACGCUGCAGGUGGCCGGACGCGAGUUCUGGACGACGACCUGGCGCUUAACCUGGAUGGUCGUCGUCUUCUGGGCAUGGCUAAACCACAGGGGAUAG